AUGCAAUAUAGCGUUACCGCGACGUUUCCGAGUGGUGUAAGGAAGAACUGUUUCGCUCUUUACAAGGCAAUACCGAUUCUUGGGAAUAGCGUCGUGUGGUUCGCAACUGUCAACUUCGUGCUACGAGCUUGGCUCAUCUGGGACCGCUGUUGGCCGGCUGCGAUCCUUUUCUCUCUCAUGUCCGGUGGCCACGCGUUCAUUCUCAUGUACGCCGGAGCCCUUAGGUCCGCCAAGUGGAGCGUUAACUCCUGCACGAUAGUUGACGCAAACCACAUCAGCAUGGGGAUCGCUUUCAUCUACACAAUGGCUUACGACUUCCUUGUGCUCAUCUUGACCGUUGUCGGCCUUUCGCGUCUGCAACCAUCAAACCCUCUCGGUGCGGUGCUCCGCCGUCAGGGUGUUAUGUACGUUGCGACAAUGUCCGUGGUCAAUGUAUUCCCAGCGGUGUUCUAUCUGCUAUAUCUUAACGAUGUUAUGACCGAAAUGACCGGUCCACCAGCGACAACCUUGAGCAUGAUUAUUUCUUCCCGCGCCGUCAUGUCGCUCAUCGUCGACAAGAAGCCUGAGCAAUAUUCUAGUUUCUGGCGCCAGGCCCCCAUUGGUGACACCGAGCAAGCGUUCACCACCCGGAUCGGCGAAGGCGUCACAACGUUCCAGCAGACAUUUGAGAUUGACUUGGGCAGCCUACGUUCGGUCCCACUCGAAUGA